AUGGUGAACGUCCCUGGAGGAGGGAUUAGAGCCCGGAGGCUGCACAGCGGAGUUCUCCGAGAUCUUGAGCGUCAACGUCAGAAAAAGGAGAAUAUUCGCCUGCUGGAAGAGCAGAUUGCGUUGACAAAGCAGCUUAUGGAAGAAAGAGAGAAGGCGCGAAUGGAAGAAGGGUCCCAGCAGUCCUAGGCACAGACCUGAGUCACCA